UUGAACGAUGGCGGUUUGUCGUAAUAUGCACAGAGCUCAAUAUAUGCGCUUGUAUCUGAAUUACAGCUUAGGCAAGUUGACUUUAGUUAGCCAUUGCUGCUUGAUUCUCAUUUUUCAUCCGCCAUAGUUUAUGGGAAAGCAUUCAUCCAAAUAAUGCCGCUGUUGAACAACGCCUUGUUUCAACCGAAAAAAGUCAACGGGAUAUCUGCUGGUCAGAAAGUAUUCUACAUUAGCUUGACGAAAGAAAUUUUUCUUGAUUACGAUGAGUUUUUCGAAAGGAGUAUUUUAUGCAAUUCUUUGGUCUGGGGAUGUUCUGUGACAGGAAAAACGGGACUAACGUACUAUGAUGCUGUUAAAUCUGAGCAAGGCGCUCUGAAAAACAUAGAAGUGUUGCCGUCUUAUUUGCACGCCCCGAUUCUGAUCUUAACGAAGCUUGCAAACUGUAGUCGAAUUGCCGAACUCGCUGGCCUAAUUUCACUGUUCUUCAAAAAUCGAUAUGUGAUGGGUGAAAAAGUCCAAAUCUCUUGUGAAGGAGUGAAAACAACCGGAGUUGUUGUUGAUAUAAAGUGCCCCGCAGUUGAAGCUUAUCAGAGGUUAGAUUGCACAGCAGCUGUACCAAUGCCACCGCCAGAAGAGAUGAGAUAUGUUAUAAAGUGUGCGACUUCCUUAAAGUUUGAGAAAGCCGGAAAAAAGAAGAACGGCAUAUCCCCAAUUAAAGUUUCUUCAUCAGGCGUGUUCAAUGCGUACGCUCUAGCUCGUUAUGGACAGAAAAACGGAAGCCAGGAAAUUAUCAAUAAAGUGAAGCUGGCUUCUUUUCUUCGAGUUUGCUGUAAAGCUGUGAACAAGCGUGUUGUUGUAACGGAUGAAUUCAUCCAGCGACUGUCGCUAGAUAGAUUGGGCUAUCAAAACUUCUUUGGGCCGAUUCCUCUUCCAGAUUUCACUCUAAACACUGAAGAAAUAGCUGAGCGAAAUCAAGUGCUGAUGAGAGCAAAUCUUUUUCUAGCUGGUAGUUCAAAAACACCUCAAGCAUACGACUCUAAAGGAGCUGAACGCAAACGCUUGAUGCAUACAGAGAGUGAGGGUCAGCCGAAGCAAAAGAAAGCGAAAACUUGCGCAGCUAUUAAUGGAUCGGUAACUGUUAAAGUAGAAAAUAAGGAAGACAUGGAGAUUAUGGACACUAAGCCCCGAAAGAGUGAAUUGGAUGAGAAAUUAGAAGAGCUGCGAAAACAGAAGGAGCGCGAAGAAAAACGACUGAAGAUGGAAUGGAUGAAGAAAUGGAGCAAAAUAAGAGACGAUUUAGAGCUAGAGGAUCACAAAGAGAUAACUCCUAUGCCCACUGCCAUGUCACAACACCUGGGUCUAACCACUUUCACGGGGGAUGCCAUUUUCCCGGGAAUCGUAUCCGUUCUUGAUUUCAUCAACACAUUCGGAGAAAUGCUGAAAGUUGACAAGUAUCUAGCGCAGAACAAAUUGACAUUUGCCGAUAUCAUGGAGGCUUUGCACGAUUCAAAUGUGUCGGGAAAGUUGUUCCUAAUUUUAUCGUGUCUUGUGACGAAUGUGUUGACUUGUCUUGACGAAUUGAUAUCUUUUGAUCUAACGGUAGAAGAGCAAUCGGAAAUAGUAUCGGAGAUAUCUAACUGGGACUGUGUUAGUCACGAAAACCAGAAUGCGCUGCUGAAGGCCAGUGAGACUGUAUUUUUCUGUCUUUCCCACCUAGGACUGCCCUUGACGAGGUUACCAGUGAACCCUUACACAAUGUCAGAAGUGUUAAGACUUCUCUUUUCUGCGUCUGGAUUCAAAUCUAUAACCGAGAUAAUGAAACUGAAGGCGAGUAGAUGGAAUACGUUUGAUGUGAGAGAGGAUCCAAUGGUUGACUUCAAGAGCUGCCACAGCAGAAUCCUGAACAGACUGGAGUACAAGUCUGUCUACAGACUAAACAUAGAAGAGAAAGUGAAGAUUCUCAACUGUCUGUGUGACGAACUGCUGUCCAUAAAGCCCGAACUGAAGGAACGAGUGAGCAAUAGUGCGGAACUGAUAGCCGAGACGAGAAAUGAAAUUAAGAAGUUCCAGAAAAAUGAAGCGAAGUGGAAACGAGAUCUGAUGACUGCGCGGGUUUGGAGGCAACAAAUGAUGAACAGUGAAGCAGUUAAAUCCAGUGACAAAUCGGAUCCAAACGACGUCAUGUCUGUACUGCAACACCUCAUGAAGAUGGACGCGGACUCCUUGGAACAGCACAAAAGGUCACUCAUCGAUCUCAUUAUCAGUCUAGAUGUUGAUGAUUUUCUUGACAAUGGUCCUGCUAUUUUGGAACACCUGGAGGCACACCAGAUUCUAGAAAUCGAAGCUAUUUUCAGUAAAGACUCAACACAUGGGGAUGAGAUUUUUGCAUCAGAAGACGAGAGACGUGAUUUCUACAGAACAGUUGACUUCAUUGUUGAGCAGAUUAAUGCGCGUUCGGAUGCUGAAGAAAAUAAAUGGAUCAGACUGAUGUUCGAGUAUCAAACGACUUGGGGAAUUACUCCCGUUGGACAAGACAGGGUACACAGGAGGUACUGGAAGUUUAGAAGCAUUCCUGGAAUAUUUGUGGAAGAAGAUCCAGAGUUUCGAAAAUGGGCAGAGCUGAACGGGUUCAAAGGUCAUUACAAGCCUCCGUGUUUGGAAGAAAAACCGAACUGGGAAAUUGAGGAAAUGGCAGAACAAGGCUUCAACGGGGAACCUAUGUUUCCCAAAUGGCCUCAACUGAAUUCGAUUCCCUCGGGGAAGGAUCUCAAAUCUACAUGGUCGUUUUAUUCCACUCAAUCUGCAAUAGACAAUCUUAUUGCCAGCUUGAAUGCCAGGGGCAUGAGAGAAUUGUCACUGAAAGAGAAUCUUAUCUCUAUAAAGAAAUAUUUGUUCCAAGAAUUGCAAAAGUUGGAAUCACAGGAAGUGUUUGAGAUGCUGACUGAAUACGAUCCCAAUGAAAUGAACAACCAGUGCGCAAAUUUAGACUUGGUCGAAAUUUUCUGCAAAACAUGCAAAAUAUUUUUCGAACGGUUAGCCAAUGGUCCUUUCCUCAACCAAUCCUUAACAAACCAAGACAGACAGCAAAUCUUUUCGCAAAUAAACCGCGGGUUUAUAAGAGAUUCAAAUGCUUCUGUGAGCGGCGCAACUUCAGUGCAGUCAUACGCCGAAAUUUUGUGCAAAUUGACUUCAGCUAUAAGAAAAGACUACCUUAGCGCACCUCUUGUAUCUAAGUACAACGACGACCAAUUUUUGGUGGUGGAAGCAAGCAUUGCCGACGAUAAUUCUCAAUCAGAUGGCGAAGGUAUGGAUUCGAAUGUAGUCAUAGAAAUACGGCCCUUCAUCGAACGAUGGAUGACAGCGUUGCAAUCCAGCUCGGGGUUUGCUCAAUUAUUUCUGUAUCUUCAAGUGUUGAAUAUGUCAAUAAAAUGGUCAAAGUCGGCCGGUAAUGUUUCGGCCAAUUUUGGUAUUAAGAAAAUAUGCAGUUCUUGUUUUGUCAAUUCAACAGGAAUGAAUGACCACCUGCAAAUGUGCAAGGUUUGCAAUGUUGCCUAUCACAAAAACGAGUACUGUUUCGGCCUGAAGCAUGGCACUAUUUGCGGCAACUGUCACAGAUACAAGUCCAAGCUCUCAUGUAGAAAUUUAAAACACGAGCCUCACAACAACAACACAAUGUCUCGAAACGGACGAUCAAUAGGAAAAACAGGUAGUGAGUCAACAGCACCUAACGAAGAUUCUAGACCGGAAAAAGAAGAUAUUUUCGCAGUGUUGCCAGUUUUAGACGACGGAGUUUUCUGUGCGCUCUGCGGAUUAGGUGGUUUUGUUCUGUGUUGCGAAACUUGUGACAAAAUGUUUCAUCUGAAAUGUGCCGAUCCGCCUUUGAAAGAUGUACCUAAGAAUGACUGGUUUUGUCAAUUGUGUACAAAGAAAGUAACACAUCCAGAGUUUGAACUUACAAAACGAUCAAGACAGAGAAAUAGAAUACAGGAUUUGAUGCAAUAGAACAUAAUGAAACUUAAAUUAAAUCAAUCUUCUAUUUGUAAAACUUUUGUUGAAUGUUAUU